AUGGCUUCUCUCAACCUUGCAAAGCAGGCGAAGUUCGCCGUGUCGCUGGCACAGAAGCAGUCUACUUCAACCCUCCGAUCCUCCCUCCGUCCUUUCCCUCGAGCAAUCGCAACAAGGUCGCACUCCACAACCACAACUUCCUCCAAAGUUUCUGCCGCACAGAACACACAGCAAAAGCAACAGAUUGCAGCCGCUGCUAUGCCUCACGCUACCGAGCCCCAGUCGCUGAAGCUCAACAGCGCCAACUUGUCUGAGUUGGAGCACUGCACAGUCCCCACCUAUGACCGAGCCAACAUCAAGCACGGCAUCGUCCACGUCGGUGUUGGUGGAUUCCACCGCGCCCAUUUGGCCGUCUACGUCGACAGCCUCCUUGAGCAGCUUAAGCUCAAGGACUGGGCUAUCUGUGGUGUUGGUCUGCAGCCUUUCGACGCCGAGAUGAGAAACGCUCUCGUCCCCCAGGACAACCUUUACACAGUCAUCGAGCGUUCGGCACCUGGAUCCAAGGCCCGCGUCAUCGGCAGUAUCACAGAUUACCUGUUUGCUCCCGAUAAUGCUGAGGCUGUCAUCGCCAAGAUGGCCCACCCCGACACCCACAUCGUCUCCAUGACUAUCACAGAAAGUGGUUACUUCUACAACGAGAACACCCACCAGCUUGUAACAGACCACCCUGACAUCGCCGCCGAUCUUGCUGGCGCCUCUCCUCCCCGCACAUUCUUCGGUUUCGUCUAUGCUGCGCUGGCGCGGCGCUACGAAGCCGGCUUGAAGCCCUUCACCGUGCUGUCUUGCGACAACAUGCAGAAGAACGGUCACAUCACCCGCGACAUGCUGCUUGCAUUCGCUAAGCACCGUGACCCUGAUGUCGCCGCAUGGCUUGCUCAGAACGGUGCAUUCCCCAACUCCAUGGUCGACCGCAUCACUCCAAGGACUGCUGAGGAGGAUGUUGUCAACCUCCGCGAGGAGUUUGGCGUCGAGGAUGCAUGGCCCGUUGUUACCGAACCUUUCAGCCAAUGGGUUGUUGAGGACAAGUUCUGCGACGGCCGCCCCGCCUUCGAGAAGGUUGGCGUCCAAGUCGUCAAGGAUGUGAAGAACGUUGAGGAGUUCGAGCUGAUGAAGCUUCGUCUGCUCAAUGCCUCCCACUCUGCCAUGGGUUACGCAGGAUACCUCGGUGGCUUCCAGUACAUUCACGAGACCAUCGGCCACCCCAUCUUCGGCAAGUACAUCAGGAACAUGAUGAACGAGGAAGUCAAGCCCCUGCUUCCUAAGAUCCCCGGCGUUGACGUCGAUGAGUACAUCCAGACUCUCAUCGGCCGUUUCUCCAACCCUACACUCAAGGAUGAGAUUACUCGUAUCUGCCUUGGUGGUUCCGGCAAGCUGCCCCAGUUCAUCAUGCCUUCCAUCGCCGAGCAGAUUGUCGCUGGCGGACCCCUCCGCCGCCUUACCCUCGCCACUGCUGCCUGGUUCCGCUAUCUCCGCGGUAUCGAUGAGCAAGGACGCGACUUCCAGCUGUCCUUCGACCCCAGGAACGAUGAGCUGCAGCGCAUUGCCCGCGAUGAGGGCAACCCAAUGAAGCUUCUCAGCAUCGGAGACCUCUUCGGUGAUGACCUCCGUGGUGAUGAGCGCUUCGUCAAGGAGCUGACCGAGGCCUACAACAGCCUCGAGCGAGAUGGUGCCAUGAAGACUCUUGAGAAGACCGCAUAG